GCAUUUGCAUCAUCCUCCUGAAGUGGAGGACCACAGCCCUGAAGGCUCCAAACAGCUCCUGGCCCCUGAGCCCUUGGCCCCAGAGCCCCUGACACAGAGGAUCUGACAUAGCUCAGUCCUGGGGCUUGGACCAUGUCAUCGUAGCUCCCUUGUGAAGCCUUUCACAGCUGUGCCACCCACUGGGUUAAGAAUUUGAUGUCUGGGAGUGGUGCAGAAUAGAAAUCCGCGAACCUGGUCAGGGUUUCCUUCUUGGAUUGACCCUUUGCCCUUCCCUACUUGACCCAAACGUUUGUGUGGUCCUAGUCACUGCAGAUGUGCUUUGGUUCCAGCUCCCAUGGUCCUUUCCCCCUUUAAGCUCCAUUGGCUGGAAAAGGAUGCAGGUGCAGGAGCCUGAGAAAGCAGUUCCCAAUGUCAUGAACCUGGUGGAAGCUGAUGACUCCUGCUGGUCCCUGGGGCAGGCAAUCACUUUCCAAGGGGCUCAGAAACUCACUGGAGCAGAGGCUUUCAGCAAGAUGCUGCCUGUGGGUGAAUUUCUGCUGGUCAUGGACAACAAGCACCCUGUAGCAAAGUACCUGGAGUGCUCUGAGUCCAGAGACUUGAAAGCGUUUUCUGCAGAACCCCUCCUUGUUUACCCCACCCACUACCCUGGGCCACCAGGCUACCUCAGUGACACAGAGAGCUUGACCAUCUGGGGCAAUGAAACCAUGUCAAGGGACUGCGACAGAACACGCUCCUGGACAUCCCAGCAGCAGGGUGAGAUCCACAGCGACGCCCAGAGCGAGGAUGCCCGGCCUUCCCAGUCAUCUCUCAACGUGCCGUCCUCCAGGGAUGAACUAUGACUGCCUGCUUUCCCUGGGACUCUCCUGACAGCUGAACCUGCUUUAGCUUUUCACUCUGGAAAGCUGUAGAGCAGCUCUUCAUGUGGUCUCCUUCCCACGGUUUUGAACAGCAAAGCACAGUGGUUGGUCCUGACAACUAACCAAGCCCCUUGGUCUGGGUAGGAGAUGGUGGUGAAAAGCUUGGUGUGGCCUUCAGAAGCAGGACAUCUGUGUGCUGGUGAACAUCCAGCUUGCUGUCAUAUUUCCCCGUGGAUGCGAGUACCAUGUUAGUAAGUUGUUCCAUCACCUCGUGCUUCCCUUGGGACUGUGGCUCAUGUUGCACCACAGCUGUUUCUGCAGGCCCUUGGUAAUGCUGUUUGGGGGCUAGACAGCUACUGGAGCUGUGGUGGGAAAGGUGCACCAGAAGAGCAGGGUCCCAGCUUGGCGUAACGCCCGUGGCCACAGUCUAGCUGAUUGGUUGUUUUAUCUUUAUGCACAGGGGGUGGGUGUGGACAGAAAUGUCUAUUUAGCAGGUUCUGCCUGUGCUGACAAGGGCUGGUUUUGUCUGUGUUUUCGGUUCCUUGGCAGCUUUUUUUCUGCUCAGAAUUAACUGUGUUUUGCAAAAGCAGGAUCCAGUUGAAACACUUGGUGUUUUUCUGCUGUUUUUUAUCCACUUUCCAUGCACUUAUUUUAUCUUUGACUUGCCUAAUGGGCUUCAAAACUGAGCACAGGUGGGAACACCAGCUUGACCCACCCCUGAGGCUUUUAUCCAUCCUUUUUUGUUCUUUUUUUCUUUU